CGUCAUCACGCCGCGCGGCGGCCGAUCCUGGAGUAGGACGGGGACUGCUCCGCAGCGGCUGGUCCGGGCGGGCGGCGGCGGCGGCGCUCCGGCUGCUGAGCCGCCUGAGAGCCCCCGCGCCCAGCCCCUCCACUCGGGCGGCCACGGAGCCCAGCUGCAUUGCCCAAGGAUUCCUUUGUUCUUUCUUCCUAGUGCUUGAUGGGCGGCGUUAUGGCCCCCAAGGACAUAAUGACAAGCACUCACGCCAAGUCCAUCCUCAACUCAAUGAACUCUCUCCGGAAGAGCAACACCCUCUGCGAUGUGACAUUGAGAGUGGAGCAGAAAGACUUCCCUGCCCACCGGAUCGUGCUGGCUGCCUGCAGUGACUAUUUCUGUGCCAUGUUCACUAGUGAGCUUUCAGAGAAGGGGAAGCCAUAUGUUGACAUUCAAGGUUUAACUGCGUCUACUAUGGAAAUUCUGUUGGACUUUGUAUACACAGAAACAGUCCACGUGACAGUGGAGAAUGUUCAAGAACUGCUCCCUGCAGCCUGUCUACUUCAGCUGAAAGGUGUGAAACAAGCCUGCUGUGAGUUCUUAGAGAGUCAGUUGGACCCUUCUAAUUGCCUGGGUAUCAGGGAUUUUGCUGAAACUCACAACUGUGUUGACCUGAUGCAAGCAGCUGAGGUUUUUAGCCAGAAGCAUUUUCCUGAAGUGGUGCAGCAUGAAGAGUUCAUUCUCCUGAGUCAAGGAGAGGUGGAGAAACUAAUCAAGUGCGAUGAAAUCCAGGUGGAUUCUGAGGAGCCAGUCUUUGAGGCUGUCAUCAACUGGGUGAAGCAUUCCAAGAAGGAGCGAGAAGAAUCCUUGCCUGACCUCUUACAGUAUGUUCGGAUGCCGCUGCUGACCCCCAGGUACAUUACAGAUGUGAUAGAUGCUGAGCCUUUCAUCCGAUGUAGUUUACAGUGCAGGGAUCUAGUUGAUGAAGCAAAGAAAUUUCACCUGAGGCCUGAACUUCGGAGUCAGAUGCAAGGACCCAGGACAAGAGCCCGUCUAGGAGCCAACGAAGUGCUUCUGGUGGUUGGGGGCUUCGGAAGCCAGCAGUCUCCUAUCGAUGUGGUAGAGAAAUAUGACCCCAAGACACAGGAGUGGAGCUUCCUGCCAAGUAUCACCCGGAAAAGACGGUAUGUAGCCUCGGUUUCCUUACAUGACCGGAUCUAUGUGAUCGGCGGGUAUGACGGCCGUUCCCGCCUCAGUUCAGUGGAAUGUCUAGACUACACAGCGGAUGAGGACGGAGUCUGGUACUCCGUGGCCCCUAUGAAUGUGCGGCGAGGCCUUGCUGGAGCCACCACGCUGGGAGAUAUGAUUUACGUCUCUGGAGGCUUUGAUGGAAGCAGGCGUCAUACAAGUAUGGAGCGGUAUGACCCAAACAUUGAUCAGUGGAGCAUGCUGGGAGAUAUGCAGACAGCUCGAGAGGGUGCAGGACUAGUAGUGGCCAGCGGAAUAAUCUACUGUCUAGGAGGAUAUGAUGGCUUGAAUAUAUUAAAUUCAGUUGAGAAAUAUGAUCCCCACACAGGACACUGGACUAACGUUACACCCAUGGCCACCAAACGUUCUGGUGCUGGAGUAGCCCUACUGAAUGACCAUAUUUAUGUGGUGGGGGGUUUUGAUGGCACAGCCCACCUCUCUUCUGUUGAAGCUUACAACAUUCGCACUGAUUCCUGGACAACCGUCACGAGUAUGACCACUCCACGGUGCUACGUAGGGGCCACAGUGCUUCGGGGGAGGCUCUAUGCAAUUGCAGGAUACGAUGGGAAUUCUCUGCUGAGUAGCAUUGAGUGUUACGACCCUAUCAUCGACAGCUGGGAAGUAGUGGCCUCCAUGGGAACCCAGCGUUGCGAUGCUGGUGUGUGUGUGCUUCGAGAAAAGUAACUUACUGAACACCAGCUGGAGCCAAUGAGUACUCCAAGGAACAGUUUGUGGGAGAAUCAAGGAUCCUUUCCGAAUGUUUCUAUCUCACUGUGUGCACGGGGAUUACAGGCACCAGUGCUAUGACGAUUGUACUUGUUUGAACACACUCUCCUUCGCAGUGGUAAUGUUGCUCCGAAGGGUGGGUAACAACAGGUACUCAAGGGAAGAGUGCACCUUUGGAUGUGCGAAACCUGAGGAGCAUUUUCUUCCUGUUCCUAACUUAUCAAGUGCUUGGGAGGAUGAAUGGAUGUGUGUGUGUGUGUGUGUGUGUCUGUGCGUGUGCGUGUGCGCGUGCUUCAUAUAUUGCAGAGAAUUAAGGUGAGUAUAGCCUGCUAGGUGUGGGCAUUGUCCAUUCUAGGUGAUUGGAAGGAUAUCAACUGCAUAAGUUUGGUAAAAUGAAACUCACUACCCAACCCCCCCAGAAGCAAAAAUAUCUUUUCUAAAUAGAAAGGUAGCUCCAGCCACCACAGUUCCCUUUCUGGAGGAAACCAAGAGAUCACUGUUAAAAUUUGAAAGGCCAAGAGGAAAGAUUGAUGCUAGUCUCACUUAGGAGGACUUGGUUGAUGUAGAGAUUUGAAAAGUGGCAUGAACUGAAUGGAAUGUGAGUGAACCCAGAAGAUCACUGAAGUGUAGGCUGGAAGGCUGGAGAGGACAUACUUGACCCCAGGGUCUUUCUAAUGUACCAUCUUGGCACUGGAAACUGAGAGAUUAACAGUGUGGUGUGUGGGGGGGUUAGAAUAAGAGAUGCUGUAAAUGUACAGAGUUCAAUCUUCCUGUGGCAAACAGAAGUACCUGCGACUUGACAACCGGCUGGUGUAGCUGUGGCAGUGUCGGUCUCUGACUGGGUGAGGGAGCAGCGUGGUGGUGACUCAAGUGCUACCACAUGACGACACUUCCACACUAUUUAUUCGGGGCUGGGUGGGUGGCUGCAGCCUGGUAGCUGAGGUUCCCGUCACCGCCCUGUUGUCUGAAGGGCACACUUCUGCUAAGGAGUGCUUACUGCUGCUGUGUGUGCUACAUUCAGCUCUCUGCCGCUACAUUUCCCAACCUGUCUGGAGAGGGGUUGUAUUCAUCCUGGGACAGAAUAAUCAAGGACAACUGAGACUCUGGUUCGUUCCUGUGCCUCUGCCAGCAUUUCCGAGCUGCCCUUCAAGGCUCCUCUCUGUCAUGGGGUGAAAUCCCUGCGUUAUUGUUGCAGCGAAUAUGGGAAUGUGAUAGCCUAAGUUGGGUUGCAUUUUAUUUUCCCUUUGCUCUGGAAUUCCACUUUUCCCUCAUUCCCCUAAUUGUGUUGGCCUACAGAGUUAAUUUCCUUUGUAUUUUUUUAAUAAAAUAUUAAAAAUGGACUGUC